GAAGAAGAAGCAGAAGAAGAAGCAGAAGCAGCAGUAGGAGAAGAAGCAGCAGCGUCGUCAGCGUCGUCGGCGUCACCACCUUCGCUAAACAUGAGCCUAGUCCCAAGUGUCGCUCCCUAAACCCAAGGCAGUGGUUGCACGCCAUGGUGGUUGGUGGCGGUGGUGGUGGUGGUAGCCGCCGAGAGAGAGAGAGAGAGAGAGAGAGAGAGGCAGUGCGUGUGUGUGUGUGCAAUAUAGUGUGUAUUUGGGGGCCAAGGCGGGUUAGUUAACAGGCAGACCUCCGAUCGAGUGUGGGUCUCUGGGAGGGAACCACGACGAUUCGCGGAUUUGUUCAGUCAAGCUCGAGUUUAGCUCCCCUUUCAAAACAGUGCAUUUACCAAGUGACUUUGUGUUCCCGGGGGCACCGCCCUCCCACCCCCCCUUCCGAGUCUCGUCUGCGUGUGAGUAGUCGACGCUGGUGUGUACACAGUUGUUACUAAGUAGUUACCACUGGGGAGAAUUAUGUGAACAAUGAGUUCAAAUUAUAUUAAUAGCAUUGAUAGUAUUCUGCCAAAGUACCAGGAGUCGGCCGCGGCUAACCUGGUCAACUACAAUUCUCAAGCCAGAAGUAUGUAUCCAUACGUAAGUGUCACUUCACAUCAGCUGUCUAGCAAUGCGGCCUCCAACAUGUCGCCCUUCAGCGCUAUGACAGCCACCACAGAUGCCGACAAGCAGUGCCGGUACUCGCAGACUGGGGCAACGGAUAUGUCCCAGUACGGCCUUAACCUGCAAAACUGUGCAACUACAAGCAACAUGGCCCAGUACUUCCAUCAGAACAACGUCACGAAUCCUCUCAACUCCUGCAGUCAGCCUACGGCACCUACUCCUCAUAUCCCAGACAUCCCUCGAUAUCCCUGGAUGUCCAUCACAGACCCAGGGCUUUACGACGGGAGUUCGACAAAAGGCCUAUUUCAACCGGAUAGUAUGCAGUUAUCGUUAAUACAACAGCAUUCCUUUAAUUUCGAAAAUCAGUGGCGGGGAUUGACAGCCAACUGGAACGGACUUCCCUGGAGUCCAAACGGGUGUCCGCGACGACGAGGCCGACAAACCUACACACGGUUCCAGACCCUGGAACUCGAGAAGGAAUUCCAUUUCAAUCACUAUCUAACUCGGAGGCGGAGGAUAGAGAUCGCCCACGCACUAUGCUUAACAGAGAGACAGGUGAAAAUCUGGUUCCAGAACCGACGCAUGAAGCUGAAGAAAGAGCUGCGGGCGGUGAAGGAGAUAAACGAACAGGUCCGGAGGGAGAGAGAAGAGCAGGAGAAAAUGAAGCAGCAGCAGGAAGACAAGAAAAGCAACAAGGAACAGCCCCCAGCAUCCAACACAUCAGCUUCAGUCUCCAACGGAUCCUCGGCGUCCUCCUCUUCGCUAGGAUCCGCAUCCUCGGCGGGAGGAGGGGCCGGGGGGGACACCACAGCCGCGACUUAACGUCAUGGCCAGUCCCCACCUCCUCUCGGGCGUGCUUAUUUAAACAGUAAUCACUAUAUCACGCCCACCAGCACCAAUGACAUGCACGCCCACGCCCACCCCAACUACUCUCACGUCCACAACUCCAUCUGGAGCUACGCCCCUUCCAGCUCCCACCCCGGCCCUCAUCAUCCUCUCGAGAAAAUAAAUAAUUUAGUUUGAAUAGCUGCUAGGCAUUUGAAGUACAAUCUUGAAAUAUGGAAAUUGAAUCUGGUGUUCAUUCUAUUUCAUACCAGGCAAAUAGCUCAUGUCUAAGUCUAAGUGGAGGACUGGUACUUUUUUUCGGUGUUUGGAAUCAUAAUAAUAAUAAUAAUAAUAAUAAUAAUAAUAAUAAUA